AUGGUUCUCCGUAUGCUUUUCCGAUAUUUGGCCAACAAUGAGCAGUUAAUUCAGCGACUAGCCGACAGUUAUCCGAUGCGUCGGGCCGCCCAGCUUCUGGUUGGCGUUUACUUCCGCACCCAAUCGAUAGCGGCCCAAAAUAAGUUGCUGUCCUCAGAGCAGUUCGUGCGUAUGGUGAGAUCCCUCAAGAGCAAUAUCAAGGAGAAACUCGAACCAGCUAAUCAAGACAUGAAGAAGAAAAAAUAAAUUAAUGGCUUUAUUUUCUCUAUCAAUAAAUUAGUAGUUUAAAAUUUAA